UUAGUUCAAGCAACGUUUAAAGCGGAGGGAGCGCCCACGAAGUGACUUCCACGAUCAGAAAAUUAAUUUUGACCUAGGAAGUAAUCGUUAUAAUCUUCUUUAUUAUGUUCUUCCUUCCUCGCGUAUACUUCACACGGAACUAUGACUAGCGGUUGCAGCAAAUUGAAAAAAAGGCAGCAAUGUCUGUGGGAAACUCGGCCGUCCGGGACUCUAUGACCAAAAUCGAGGGUAGAGCGUCCACACAGACGACUUCAGUCCCCACCUCCGGCCUCAAAGCAAGCAAUCAGAGAAGGCAGAACGUAAAAGGAAGAGGUGGGAAAGAGCUGCAUCUUCUUCCGGCGUUGCAUUGUAGAGCGCAGGCGGAUCUGCGUCUCGAGGAGAGAAGGGGUUUGUGCCGCGCAAGGCUGUCAUGGCGACUAACAUCGAGCAAAUUUUUCGGUCUUUCGUCGUUACCAAGUUCCGGGAGAUCCAGGAGCAGCAAUUCGGCAGUGGAAAGCUAGGAAAUCAGCACAAUGGUGAAAUAAACACAUCUGGACAAGUAAACUCCUCAGAUGAUACAAUUCAAUCUAUAGAAAGUCUUCAGAAUGAUUCACUAGUGCAGAAGAUAGAACAAGUAUUAUCAGAAGUGUUGGGUACUGAGCCACGGUACAAAUCAGGGGAUGGAGAUGAUAUCGAAAGGAAUAAUUCACGUUCUAUUAAAAGAGGCUUAUCUGAAGAUGUGCAAGAUGAAAUUCCAAGGAAAAAGUCUAAGAAGGACAAGAAACACAAAGAUAAAAAGAAAAAGAAAAAACGAAAGAAGGAAAAAAAAGAAAAGUAUAAAAAACAUGCCAAAGAAACAGAUGUUCAGCAAAAAGAAUGUGGAGAUAUGCAACUUAUUUCUCAUUCAAAUCUAGAAAAUUCAGGUUUUCUCUUAAAUGCAGAAAAUGAUAUAGAUACCCAGUCUGGGUCUAUCUUGAAAGACGUUUCUCCUUUGAUUAAUGAAAAAACUGUAUAUGAAAAUCUAAAUUCAGCCAUGUUGAAUAAUAUGUUUAGUUCAGAUACCAGCAAACUGGAUAUAUCUGAAGAAGAUUCUACUUUGAUAAGUAUUCAGGAGGUCAGUGAAGUCAAGAUUACAGAUGAAAAAGAAUUGGAAGAUGACAGUUACCAUCCUAAUGUAACUGUAACUAUAUGCCCAGAGGAUAAAUAUUUAAGUGAAACUGUUUGCACAGUUGUAGAAGGAGUAUCAGAUAUAAAAGAAGUAGAACAACCUAAGUUAAUAUUGGAGGCAACAGAUCAAGAAUACAUUCCUGAAAGCAGUCCAUUUUGUGUAAGAGGGGAGCCAGAACAUUUGGAAACCAGGCUGGAAUCUACUGCAAUGAAAGUAACCUGUAUAAAUUCAGUCACAGAGUCUGCGACUUCGAAAAAUUUGAAAGAAACAGUAUCCACAUCCUUUGAACCAGCUGGCUAUAAAUUAACAACCCUCCCUUUGGAAUCAAAUGCAGAAGCUAAAGAGUCAGUAACAACUUUGGGAUUUUUAGCUAUGGUGGUAGGAAAAGAUUUUGAAGCAACUUCAGAAUUUUUAAAUACUGCAAAAGUGAAAGCUUCAGAAAGAAGUCCGAAGCAUUCCGGUAGAAAAGGUGAUUCAGUUCACGAGUCUGAGAAAACUAUCACAGUGAAAGGUUUGCACAAACCACAACAGUUUGGAACAGAAGGGAAAGAUUUGGAAACUGCUCCAGAAGCUGUCCAUGCAGCCCCUGAAAAAGAUUCUGAACUAGCUGUGGUAGUUCAGCUGAAACCUCAGCAAGAAAUUUCAGAAUUUGAUGUUCAAAAAUAUAAUAGAGCAAGCCUUGGUGCAGAGAUUCCGAAAGAGAUGAAAGAAUUGAGAGAAACUCCUACUCUCAUGACAGGACUGAGUGAAUCAGAAAAAAAUGCAGGAUAUCUUCCAAUCCAAAAAAAUGCAAAAGAUUUGCAAAGAGCACCACUAUUAGAAAAUAUGACUAGAGUAGAUUCAGAAGAACAUCUCUCAGUUGUAGUGUUGGAAACAACGAAUUUAGAGGUUAAUACUGGUUUUACGGAAAUUGACAAAAAAUAUUUAAAAGCAAAAUCUGCUGGUGUAAUAGAAUCAGAAAAUUGGAAACCUGCUCCAGAAUCUUUUAAAGCAAAGAAUUUAGAGUGCAUCCAGGAAUUUGAGAAGGCUGAACAGAUUAAUUAUUUGGAAACCUCAUUAGAAACUGUAAUAGAAAAUAGAGGAAACUCUGAAAUCAUCCAACACUCUCUGGCACUGUUUAAUGUGAAAGUUCCUGAAAAUGCUUCACAAUUAAAAGAGGUGAAUGUUGCAGAAACAAUAAUACAAACACAGGUUGGGAAAACACAGAAUUUGGAAAGUUCAAAAUCUGUAGCUCUAAGAAAUAAGGAAAACAAGAAUGAAGAGAAAUUGAAAAAUAUUCCGGAAACUUUGAUGAUUGUAAACAAUUUAGAAAAUUCCUCUUCACAGUGCAUAGAAGAAAUUAAAAUAGUGAAGGAAACUUCACAGUCUGAUAUGGAGGCACAAAAAAAAGAUUUCAAAAUUGGUCUUGAGCCUGAAGAGGAGAGAGAAGAGAGAGAAGUGGAUGCUGGUUCAGGAUCUCUGCAGAUGAUAUUUGCAAACUAUUCAGAACAUAGUCUAGAACUUUAUACAGAAACUAAAGGUAUGACAGAGUUGAAAAAUACAGAAGCAGUGUUGAAAUCAUUGCAUAAAUCGAAUACUGACAAUUUUGAACCACCGUGUGCCAAGGAAAUCAAAUACGUUAAAAGUACAGAAUCUGGAGCAGUGACUGAAGCAAAUGAUUUGCAAGAAAACUUAAAACCAUUGCACAAACAUGUAAAAAAUGUGGAAGCUGCAUCAAAAUCAAUUACAUUACCAACUGUGACAUACACGGAAACAUUAGAAGGUACUUCCAAUAGGAAACAAAGUGAAACCGAAUCUCAUUUUGUGCAAGAAAUAGAACAGAAAUGUUUUGAUUCCACUGUAAAGAAGAAAAGUAGUGGAGAUACAACGGAUUUGGGACUUAUAGCAAGAAGUAAAGAAGUAAUUGAAACAAACUCCAGUAAAAUAGAAGAAAGUGAGUUGUUAGGUAAGAGUCAAGAUCCAUUAUUCGUUUCAAAAUCAUUGCAUGAAAUUGAUGUAAUAAGUUCUGAAAAAAAUAAUCAAGAAUUUAAAGGAAUAGCAGCAGUACAAGACUUAAAAGAACCUGGAAAAUCUUUGGCAGCUGCAAUUGAUCCUAGGGAAUUUUUACAAUUGAAGAAUUUAGUAUUAGUUGAGUCAAAAGAUGAUUUUCCAGUUGGCAGUACUGUGAAACAAUUUGAAUCAGUUUCAGAAUCUCUUGAACAAAAUCAAGAACAAUUAGAGCACACAAAGACUCAAAUUAGAAAAGAAUGUUUAGAUUCUGUGCCUGAUUUAGGUGUUAAAUGUGCAAGAACAAGCCCAGAGAUUCUAUAUUCAGAUGAAUUUAAUAUUCAGGAGAACAAGAAAUUGGAAAAACAAAUAGAAACAACAGGAUUAAUGGAAGCACCAGAAUCUCUACAUUUGUCAGAGAGAGAUCUGAUUGUUCCAACUUUUGAUUCUGGAACUAAAGUUUCAGAAUAUGGUCCAGAAACUGCGUACUUGACAAAAACAAAUUCAAAGACCAUCCCAAAAUCUUAUGAAAUUCAAGUGAAAGAUUCAAAAACAACUUCAGAAUCUAAAAUGAUAAAUGUAAAAGACUUGAACAUUGAUUCAGAACCUUUGCUUCAAGCAGGUGUAGAAAUUAAAGAAUAUAUUCCGGGAUGUAAAUCAGUGCUAUCAUCAGAGAGUAUGAUAUUUACAGCAGAAACUCCCCGAAAAAAUGAAAUGCUUCCAGAAUCAAAUUUGCAAAAAUCAAAUACAGUACUCAGAAGUGAAGGAUUGACAUACGAACAUUUGAAAACACCUCCAGCAUCUGUAUAUGUAAUAGAUACUGAAGAUUUAGAAAUACCUCCCAAGUCUAAAGAAUUGGACGUAAUAGAAAAGCAAGGUGUUCUAACAUCUCUAUUUGCAUCAGUGGAAUCUACAGAUGUAUCAGAAGAAAGUUUUGAACAUAAUUACAAAACAAAUGUAAAGAAGGUAGAAGCAAGUCAGAAGUCAAUUAAUGUAGAGUCUGUGGGUAAAGAAAAGAUGAAUGAUGAAUCUGUCCAGCCAUUUAAUGAAAAUGAUGCAAAUGUAUCAAAACCAUAUUUGUCUUCAAAUCAUGCUGUAAGGGCACAAAUUAUAGAAGAUAGACUGUCAAUUGCUGACAAAGAAAGUGUUUCUGGAAUAACUUCAGAAUCAGGGACAGAAUUAGUAUUAAAACGUUCUGGAGUUUCUGAAACUAUCACAGGUCAAGAGAGAGAGAAGCUUGAUACACCUCUGCCUGAAUUUAUGAUGGAUUUGAAAGAAAGCCCUAAUAUUUUAGAUGCACAAGAGAUGAAGAAUUUAAAAGGUAUUCAGAGAGAAAAAUAUACUAAUUCUCUUUAUGUAUUAGAAUCCAGGGAUGCAGCUGAUGCUUCACAGUCUGGGUCUAAAGUUGAAAGACUAUCAGAAAUAAAAGAUCCAAUGGCUGCUUUAGUGCAAUUAAAGAAACCAGAAUUAACAUCUUCAGAAUCUGUUUCUACAUUGGAAGUAACUGACACAUCAAAAAUCCCAGAGCUCAAAACUACUCAAACAUAUUUAGGAGUAACUGGUUUCAAAUCUACUGACACAGCUGCAGAGAGUUGUCCACUAGAAAUCAUUGACUCUGACACACAAAUACAACCAGAAAACAUUUUGGGAGUAAAAAAUUUUGAAUCUGUUUCAGAAAUCAAAUAUGGGCUAGGAACACAUCCAUUCAAAAUUGCUUCAGAAUCUGAAAAAGUGACACAAGACCAGCUUUCAAAAGCUAUUUCAGACAUAUUAUCUUCAGGCAAUAUAGAAAACCUGGAACAAAUUUUGAAAUAUAGACGUAACCAGGAAAGAAAAGAUUUAGAGUCUUCCCAGUUUGACAUCCCAGUGGCCAAAAAUUUAAAAGGAAGUCUUCCAUAUAAAGAAAUAAUAGGUAUUUCAGAGACGACUACUCAGUUUGCAAAAGCAACAGAUACAGGGUCAAAUAUAUUGACUAUAGUUCCAGAAACAACUGAAAAAUGUUCUGAAAUAUUUCUGGAAAGUGUAAAUAUGUCAGAUAUACAGGCUACAAAUACAAAUGUAGAACUAGACAAUUUAAUAAAGAAAUCACCUGACAUUUCUACAGAUACUAAUAAAUCAAAUUCAGGAUUUAUAGAUAUAGUGGAAUUGAAAUGUAACAAUGCUGCAGAAUCUGUACACAUGAAACAACUGGAAGAUUCUGAAGCAGUUGCUGUAUGCAAGUCUGUCAUUGAAAUAAAAAAUAUCCAAGCUGAUGUACAAACAUCAGAAGAGAAAGAGCAAAUGGAUUUUCAGAAACUCUCAAAAUCAGUGUUACCUUUAGACAUUCAGAAUUUGGAAAGAAACUCAAGUUUGCCACAACAAAAGAUAUUAGAAAUAUCUCUAGAACCUGCUAAAGAUUUUGUAUCCGUUUCUGAAUGUUCAAGUACAAAGAAUACGGAACAGAAUUUAAAAAGUGGAUUUGUGGCAAAAGCAAAAGCUCAGGAAUCAACUGUAGAAGAUGUGAUACCAACGCGAGAUAAGAGUGCAGAAAUACCACAGUUAUCUUUGGAAAUGAAAGAUUCAGAAGUAACCUUAGAAUCUGUAGGUGUGGCAAACAGAAAAGACUUAGAUGUACAGACUUCUUCAAAGGAACAAACAACUAUAAAACCUCUCUGUAUUGCAAUAGAAGACAAUGUAGAAGUUAAUCAACUGGAAACUAUUGUGCUGGAAGAUUCAGGAGAAGCUGUAAAGCAUGUGCACGUGGCAGAGAAAGAAGAUACCAAAAUGGGAGAAUGCAUUGAGGCAAAAAAGUCAGAAAUAGCUGUUGAAUCUGAGGUUAUAGUAAAGGAUAAAAACUUGGAAGUUUCUCUUCAGGACUCUUCAAAAUAUCAAGAUUCAAAUGCUUCUCUGAAUUCUUCAGACAUACUUAAGGAAAGUGAAGUGAGUAAUUUAAAAGACAAAAAAAGUGAAAAAAUAAGUAGUAAAAGUAAAGAUAAAAGUAAAAGUGGAAAAAAAGCAAAAAAAAGCAGAUCAAAAUCUCCUUCCAAGUCAAAGAAACGUAAAAAGAAGUCUAGAUCACGUUCUACCUCUAGACAAGUAUCUAGAAGAGCACGUUCUAGAAGCAAAAAUGAUUCCAGUUCCAAGAAGCAUUCUACUUCACGCCAUAAGUCUAGAUCCAAAUCUGUUGAUAAAAAAGAAAAAGAAUCUUCAUUAAGAUCUAGACGAAGACGUUCACGGACCUCUGAUCGUGUUAAAUCUAGAUCUAAAUCUCCUGAUAGAAGAGAAACUUCAAUAAGAUCAAGACGUAGACGAUCUAGAUCUUCUAAUCACAAGUCUAGAUCGAGAUCAGUUGAAAAAGAAUCAGCUAGGAGAAGACGAAGAUUAUCCAGGUCUUCUGACAAUCGCAGGUCUAGAUCAAGAUCAGUUGAUAGAAGAGAGAUUUUGACAAGAUCAAGGAGGAGGCGGUCCAGAUCUUCUGACCAUCAUAAAUCUAGAUCACGGUCAAGUGACAAAAGAGAGACCUCUGUGAGAACAAGGCGAAGGCGAUCUCAGUCUUCUGAUCGUUGCAGAUCUAGAUCUAAAUCUUUUGACAGAAGAGACUCUUCAGUAAGAACAAGGCGAAGGCGAUCUAGAUCUUCUGAUAACCUCAAAUCUAGGUCAAGAUCUCCUGAUGACAAGAGAGAACCUUCAGUGAGAAGAAGGGGGAGAAGAUCAAGGACCCCUGAAACCCGCAAAUCUAGGUCUAGAUCUGUUGACAGACGGGAGAUUUCAGGGAGAGGAAGGCGAAGGCGGUCAAGAUCCUCUGAUAAUCGUAAGUCAAGAUCCAGAUCAGUUGAGAAAAGAGAGAGUUCAGUGAGGGUAAGGCGAAGGCGAUCCAGGUCUUCUGAUAACCGCAGAUCAAAGUCCAAAUCUGCUGACAAAAGGGAGAUUUCAGUGAGGACGAAACGAAGGCGGUCUGUGUCCUCUGAUCGCAAAUCUAGAUCCAGAUCUGUUGAUAAAAGAGAGACUUCAGCUAGAACAAAAAGGAGACGUUCUAGGUCUUCUGAUAAUCACAAAUCUAGAUCCAAAUCUGUUGAGCACAUAGAAACAGCAGCAAAGUCAAAAAGAAGGCGAUCUAAAUCUACUGAUCAUAAGUCCAGAACAAAAUCAGUUGAAAAGGGGGAGUCGACCUUAAAUUCUAGACAUAGACGAUCUAAAUCAUCAGAUCGGCCAAAAUCUAAAUCAAAAUCUAGAUCAAAGUCUUCUGAAAGAAGGAAAGACAAAGAUUCUGUAGAUGGAUCAAGAGGAAAACGUUCUAAAUACAGAUCAAAGUCAAAGUCCCUUGAGAAAACAGAUGGAACUGAGUCUUUGGAAGCAACUUUGAAUAAUCGAGAAAAAUCACCUGAGCAGCAGAAAUCUAGGUCUAGGUCUAAAUCUAUAGAUAAAACAGGAGAGAGAGAACGCUCAAGAAGAUCAAGAAGUAAAGGUUCCAAGUCUUCAGAAUCGAGGUCUCGUAGACGUAGAACAGUAUCAAGGUCUAGAAGAAAUCGUUCACAAUCAUUAACACAGAAGAGAACAAGAUCUAAAUCUAAUCAUCGAUCACAGUCACGCUCUCGAACUCGUUCACAAUCAUGUUCAAGACGUUGGAGGAGGACUAGGUCAAGAUCGGUAUCAAGACAGCGAUCUUUGUCAAGGAAAAGACAAAGACGAUCUCGGAGAAAUCGAUCAAGAUCAACUGACAGGAGAAGAAGAAGAUCUGAUUCAAGAGACAGUUAUAGAAUAUCUCUCAGGUUACGGUCCAGAAGCCGAACACCUGUCCGUCUGAGGUCUACAGGAAGAAGAAGAAGUGCUAGUAAGUCACCUGAUCAUCGACGAUCUAGAUCUUCAAGCAGAUCACCAAAACGUCUCACUGACUUGGAUAAGGCACAAUUACUUGAAAUAGCCAAGGCAAAUGCAGCAGCAAUGUGUGCUAAGGCUGGUGUUCCACUCCCACCAAGUCUGAUGCCAGUUAUAACUCCAGAAAAGAAGGAAGAGAAAGUUACUCAAAAAUCAGCAAAAGAAACAAUAUUAGAACUGACUGAGAAAUGCAAGAAGAUUGCCCAAAGCCAGGAAGAUGAUGUCAUUGUAAAUAAGCCUCAUGUUUCUGAUGAAGAAGAGGAGGAACAUCCUUUUAUCAAUCAUCCCUUUAAGCUGAAUGAGCCCAAGCCUAUUUUUUUCAAUUUAAGUACUCCUACAAUAAAACCAACACCUCCAAAAAAUCAGGUAACUCUGACAAAAGAGUUUCCAGUUUCUUCAGGAUCUCAACACAGGAAAAAAGAAGCAGAUAGUGCAUAUGGGGAAUGGGUUCCAGUUGAGAAGAACAAGGAUGAGAACAAGGAUGAUGUGUUUCCCAAUCCAGCCAGCUUGGAGCCUGUGGACAUCUCAUCAGCAUUGACUGAACGGACGAUAGCCCAAAAGAGACUUACAGAAAAUACAUUUGAUCUGGAGGCAAUGUGCUUGUUAAAUCGUGCACAAGAACGGAUUGAUGCCUGGGCUGAGCUGAAUUCUAUACCAGGCCAUUUUACGGGCACUACUGGAGCACAGGUCUUGACUUCUGAACAGUUAUCCAACAGCGGUCCCCAAGCCUGGGUUAAAAAGGACCUAGAUUUCAUCUGGAGGGACUGACAGCGCUGAUCUUACACGAUUGCUGCAAUGAACAGGAAAGCCGACCAGGAAUUCCCAGGUGAAAAAUGUAUAGGAGAAAGCAUAGUACUUCAUAAUGGUAUGAUAUAACAAUAAUCUUCCCUUACUUCAGAAAUCAGUACCUGCCAAUAUUACUCUCUCCUGAAAGCAAUGCAAGAUCCUCCAACAAAGUAAGCAUGUGUGUAAUACAAAACAAUUGGGGAGGGGGCACUUAAGAACAGGAUCGAUAUAUAUAGACUUCUCAGAUUUGCAAAAGUUGGAAUACUGCUGAUUUUGGACCUUCCUAGGAGCUUUAAACCCAUACCACUAUAUUAAAUACCACUAUAUUAAAUCAAUAUAAUAAUAAAAUGCACUUUAUUUUACCUGCAACUUAAAAGCACACAGGACUAUAAUUAGUGAUUUCAUCUAAGGGUUAAUGUGUUCUGUCAUGGAAGUAAUGAUCUGAUUUCUGUUGAUAAUAUGCUUCGGAGCAAGGCUUCUUAUUUCUAUAGAAACAUUUUUAGAAGCACGUGAUCUGCCUUUUAGCACUCUGGAAGCAUUUUUCAAUGGUAGAUUCCUGAUGUUGUGGACACUGUAGCUACAGAAUGCAGAUUAGAAAAAAUGGAUUGUAUGUCCUGAAUUCAGAUACAAGAAUGAGCUAGAUAUAGUUCCAGUAAUUGGAAAUUAGAAUUUCAGCUCCAUUUGCAAUUCUUUUUUCUAUAUUAUUCUGGUCCUUUAUCAUCUUAGUAGCCUUGAUAUUCUGCAUUUCAAAUAAAAUAAAAUACUCUGCACACACAAACACACAUAGCAGUUUCAGCAUGCGAGUUUUUGUCAUACCCAAUUUAGCUGCAAUGUCCAUAUUACUUUUUCCUUCAUUUUAUAUUGCUCCUUAUUAUUUAGCAUAUUGCUAUUACUUCAUAGCGAUAGGUAUAAAGGCACUCUGGCAACUUUACUCUCCCGAUCCCCCAAUCAUGUUUGUGUCCAUUUCGAAGUAAAAAUCAUGAAGACCACUGUCUCUUACAUUUGGCCAUAAGAAAUGUUGUUUACUGUAUGUGAGAAAUAUGGAUUUGGUACAAUAAUAUUUAAAUACUUAACAUUGGUUUAAGUAAAGUUUCAUUUCUAAGUAAUUACAAAGUUUGCAGAAAUAGUCAGUGGCAGACAUGGUCUGCUCACUGUAGUCCGUUCUGUGUUUUUCUUAUAGGUAUUCACCCUUGCACCCAGGAUUGGGUCUUGGCGUUCCCAUUUGUGUGGGCUUUUCUUGGCAUUGAAUGAAUCUGGUAAAUUGUGAUUUCUUACCUCUUUCGUUCCUAACUAUCCCUGCACCAGUCUGAAUAUCAUUUUUUCCCCCCAUUACAGUGGUGUUGAAUACUUCCUUUAUCAGGCGUUCUUACUGCUAGGUGCUUUUAUUAGAUUUCAUUUGCUUGUCCUGUAAACUAGACCUGUCAGCCUUUUUUUACAAUAGGAAGAAGAAAUGGCUUGCCCUAGCUAGUGACAAGAAUUUUACUACUUCACUAAGACUUGUUUAAUAUAGGGUGAUUUAAAGAAUCACAAAUGACCAAUUGCCAUAGAAGCAAUAUAGGGUCAGAGCAAAACAAAUAAUUCAAAUUUUAAAAACUUUUACGUGUUUCCCAUAUUAUUUGUUGACUUUAUAGUUGUGUAUUUCAAUAAUAACCAAUCUUGAUUUAUUGUACCUUUGUACUGGAAAAUAUAUUAAUAGUAUUGUAGAUUUAGUUCCUCCAUAUUGUGAAAUAACAUGGUCACAAUGUAAUGUUAUUUCAAGUACUUGUUCAACUUUCGGAUAGUGCUUGUUUAGCAUUGCAAAUAAAAUAUCAGAGUAUUACAUGUAUAUACUUAACAGGCAUUUUAUUUUAGCCAGUUUUUACUAGCCAAGUGGUUUCCCGAGCAAGAUAUCUACAGGCUGGAAUAGAUAGGACUUGUUUAAAGUAUCUGCAGGGUGUGAGGUUGGAAAUAGCUCGUAUAAUUUUCUCAUGUAGAUGAAUCGGAGUGUUUUGUAUUUGACAUAAACUACUAUUAGAUAUAAUUUGCAGGGAUAUAAAGGCUUAUGGGGGUAAUCCAUAACUCAUGAAUUAAAAAAGCCUGGAGUGCUUGACAAGGAGUUGUAAUGUGCAAUCCAAGAACAACAAAAGAAAUAUUAAGAUUCCCCUUAGAAACCAUAAACUUCAGUACCUAAGUAAGCAUUGAUUCCAUUAUUUAUUUACGGAUAAAAAGGAUUUUAGGACAUUAGACAAAAACUUGUUCUUUUUCCACUGGACUUUGGCACAUAUAUUUCCCUUUGAGUUCUGUCAUUGAAUUCUACAACUGGAUAACCUGUGAACAUAGUGUUAUAAUCAACUUGUUGAGCAAUUAGAAAACAGUACUUCAAAAAUGUACUGUACUUCAGUUGUUGUUUUUUUUUCCCAAAAAAAAAAAAAACCCUCCAAGUUAUAUC